CCUGGACUAAAUUUCUCAUUUUCGCAUUUUUGGCGUUACGAUUAGUUGGUGAAUGAGAAGAAGAAGAAGAACCCGCCAACCUCAAAAAUUGUCCGAACCCAGAAGAAAAGUCUUGCUCGCUGGAAUUCUCGUCUGAUUCUUCCAGGAAACAUGCUCCUUUCCAAAUCAAGAUCUGGAAACAAGUGCCAUCCGUCGAUCCUGUCUAGAACAAAGCUCUGCAGAGGCGAUUCUCCAGGCGCACAGAUUGAUUCGAAGGCCGUCGUUUCACUCGAACGGAAACCUUCCAUCUCUGAUCAUUCAUCGGAGAAUGUGAGCCGUAGAGUACUGGAAAUGCCGACGUGGCAGCUAGAAGAGGAGAUAAAGGUGUUAAGAGAGCAAUUAGGAUGUUUAGAGGCUGAGAGAGACCGAGCUCUUGAUGAGCUUAGGGAGAUGAAGCAAAUGGUUAACGAGACUAAUUACUUGAGAGAGAUUUUGUACAGCACACAAAAGGAAUUGCAUGAUAAAUCCUUAAACAUUGAGAAUUUGAGAGCAGAACUUGAUAAGGCUGCAGUGGAAAGAGAAGUGGCUGAAGAAAAUUUGAGAGAGGCAGUGAGCAAUGCCGAAGCUUCCGCGGAGCGGUCCCGCCAAAUGUUGUCCGACCUUACAAGCCGAAUCAAAGAGUUGGAAGAGGAACUUGAGAACAAGAAGUCCUCGGAGUCGAAAACUCUUAUCUCGUUGGAGCAUGCCAAGCUUGAAGUUGAAUCGCUUAACGAGAAGAUCAAGCUGAUUGAGGAAUCGGGCCCACCCAAAGUGAUUAUAGAAGAGUGUGAAAAUGUUGCAUCAUUAACAAUCAAAAGUUUGCGUCAGGAGGUUGCUUCGCUCAAGAGCGAAUUGAAAUCCGCGACCGAGGCCGAGGAGAAGAGCAAAAAGGCUAUGGAUGGAUUGGCAUUGGCAUUGAAAGAGGUCGCGGGAGAAGCGAUUGAGGCUAAGGAGGAUGUGAAGCUCAAACUAAGCGCAACCCAAUUGGAGUUGGAUCAAGUGAAGAGGGAGAACACAAAAUUGAAGGAGAGAAUGAAGAGGAAAGAAGAGAGGUAUCAAAGGGAGGUCGAGGAGGCAAAAAAAGAAAUGGAGGUACACAAAAACACGGUCGAGCGGUUGAGACUAGAAGCCGAGGAAACGCUUUUGGCGUGGAACGGGAAAGAGGUGGGGUUCGUGAGCUGUAUAAAAAGAGCGGAGGAAGAACGGGACGAUGCACACAGGGAAAGCGUUAGGCUGAGAGACCUAUUGAGGCAGGCUAUAAGUGAAGCUAAUGCUGCUAAAGCAGCUUCUAACAUUGCUAUAGACGAGAACUCUAAACUCAAAGAUGCCCUGGCGGAUAAAGAGGGUGCACUGCUUUUGCUUAUUCGGGAGAAUGAACGUCUCAAACACUAACAAAUCCACACCUAAAUCACUUCGGUGCUAAGAUAAAUUAUAGAUGAAGAGUGUAUGAUUUGGAAAUGCUUAGUUUAAUUUGGUUAUUCAUGCUUUGUACUCAAGAUCAUCUCAUUGCCAGAUUU